AUGCUAGUAGAAUGCAUGCUAAUAAACACGUUUAUAUCUAUGACGGCGAGUUAUGACUGGGCACCAGGAUCCUAUAACUAUCAUGGAGUCCAUAACGGGUUUAAUAGUAUCAAGGAUUACAUAGAUGAAUGGACGGUGGAGGUUCCCGGUGGCGAAGAAGUGGCACAGCUGGUCGCUCUCGAGUUGGGAUAUGAGUACGACGGGCCGGUCCUAGGAUUCCCGGACUUGUACGGGUUUAGAGUACAUAAUAAAAACCGUCGCACCCCAAGUGAACACACAGGCAUACUUGCCAGCGACGAAAGGAUACGAUGGGCAGAGCAGCUUUUUAGUAAAAAGCGCGCCAAACGUUACCCUAUGGUUGUCUCAGGAGAGGAAGAACUUCUAAGAGUAAAAAGGAUAGAUACACCAAGCAAUGCAAGUGAAAGAGAUAAACGUAGUAUCAGAAAUUUAUUCAAUGAUGAACUCUGGGGCUACGAAUGGUAUUUACAAGAUACGCGAACAAAUGAUAUUCUCCCUCGUUUGGAUCUCAAUGUGCUGCCGGUGUAUACAAGGGGGUUCAACGGGCAAGGAGUUCGCAUCUCCAUACUUGACGAUGGUAUUGAGCACAACCACACAGACCUUAGGGAUAAUUACGAUAAAGAGAUUAGCUGGGACUGCAAUGAUCACGACUCCGAUCCAUUUCCAAGACCGGACCGGCAAAAUAGUAACUCGCAUGGAACCAGAUGUGCUGGAGAAAUCGCAAUGACUGCUAACAACGAAAAAUGUGGUGUAGGCGUGGCUUGGGGAGCGAAGGUGGGUGGAAUCAGAAUGCUCGAUGGACGAAUAACUGACCGUGUUGAAGGAGAGGCCUUGGGAUUUGCCUGGGAUAAAGUUGAUAUCUAUAGUGCUUCAUGGGGUCCCAAUGAUGACGGUAAGACCGUCGAGGGGCCUGGUAAACUUGCCCUUGAAGCUUUUAAAAGAGGUGUGGAGCGUGGGCGGGGAGGAAAAGGAAAUAUUUAUGUAUGGGCUAAUGGAAAUGGCGGCGGACACAAAGAUAAUUGCAAUUGUGACGGUUAUUCUUCAAGCAUCUACACGAUAUCAAUAGGCAGCACCUCCCAACAGGGAUUGUUUCCAUGGUAUGGCGAGACGUGCUCAUCAACUCUUGCUACUGCAUACUCUUCUGGUGCCUAUAAAGAUCAGAAAAUUGUAACAACAGAUACGAACGAUUCAUGCACACUUGGUCAUACCGGCACAUCGGCCGCUGCUCCACUAGCAGCUGGAAUUAUAGCUUUGGCACUGCAAGCGAAUCUGAACUUAACAUGGCGGGACAUUCAACAUAUAAUCGUCUGGACGUCUGAAUAUGCUCCAUUAUCCUCGAAUUAUGGAUGGCAAACAAAUGGAAUUGGAUUACGUUUUGAUGUUCGUUUUGGGUUUGGUCUUCUGAAUGCGGACGCACUUGUAGCAACAGCUUUGAACUGGACGACAGUGCCAAAAAAGCAAAUUUAUGAACGAACUUCUGCACACUCAUAUGGUGAAAUAUCAUCUAAUAAACCUAUGGAAUUAUUGUUAGCCGUGGAAUGUAGCGUGAAAUAUUUGGAACAUGUUGAGCUGAUUAUUAACAUACAAUACACUAGACGGGGGGCUUUAGAAGUGUAUUUAAUUUCUCCAAUUGGUACCAAAGUGCAAUUACUGAGCCCUCGACCUAAGGACAACUCUUAUAAAGGAUUUGUGAAUUGGCCCUUGACCUCUGUCGUAACAUGGGGUGAAAAUCCAAAUGGGGUCUGGAAGGUUAUCGUUCACGAUUCGACAAAUGAAAAUAACGUGGGUAAUGUGGGACCAGUUCGCCUCAUCAUACACGGCACCGAGGAGAUGCCCCAUCAUAUGAAAAGGGGACCAAGAAAAUACAUACAAAUUGCUAAAAUUUUUGACGUAAUCGAUUCAAACGAAACACCAGGGCUACAGAAGUCUGCAGAAGAUUACGGAACCGGUUAUAUGGACGAGGAACUGUAUAGAAAUUAUCAUAGUCGAUAUUUCUCUAACUAG